UGUGCAGCCGCCGCCAUGUUGAUUGAGGCGCGUGUGGAGCCGCUUUGGAGGUGAGAGCGGAGCGGGAGGCGAGCCACAGGAACCGGCCAGGGCCGAGCGACAAAUAGGCGCAGCGGAGCGCGGAUUUCUGACAAAAGUAGAGCACGGUGACCCCUUUCCCCUCCCCCCCGGGCACCGGCAGCAUGGAAGCCGUCAACGCCUUUAACGAUGAGGAUGGGGCUGAUGCUAGCAAUGCUGCAUUUAUUGUUCAUCCCUAGUUGUCUUGAGAAGGUGAUGGCGGUCCUUCUCCGUGAAUCAUUGUGAUCCUUCUGCAUAUGGUUCUUUCAGCAUCAAUGAAGGAACGGAGAUCUGUGUUACAUCAGAAUGCUCUUUUCUCUGAUGGAACUAAAGCCACCAAUUUCUCGGGCAAAAAUGAUCCUUAUUACUAAAGCUGCCAUCAAAGCUAUAAAGCUUUACAAGCAUGUUGUGCAGAUUGUAGAGAAGUUUAUUAAAAAGUGCAAACCAGAAUUUAAAGUUCCAGGAUUGUAUGUUGUCGACUCAAUUGUUCGUCAAUCCCGUCAUCAAUUUGGAGCAGAAAAGGAUGUCUUUGGGCCACGCUUCAGUAAAAAUAUUACCGCGACAUUCCAGUAUUUAUAUAAAUGUCCAUCUGAUGAGAAGAGCAAGAUAGUUCGCGUAUUGAACCUGUGGCAAAAGAAUUGUGUUUUCAAGAUUGAGGUUAUACAGCCAUUAUUAGAUAUGGCAACUGCAACUUCUGCUCCACCUGCAUUGGAAAAUACUGAUAAUAAUACAAGUCCCCCUGUUGCUCCCCCUACACCUGCACAGAUUCCCCAGAUUACUUCUGAUCCUUUGUCUUCAAUACAACAACAGCUACCCAACUCAGAUGCAUUUGUAGCUGUAGCUCAGCUUUUUCAAUCAACACAAGGAGCACAGAUACAGCAGAUAUUACAGAACUUCCAGCAAGCUCCAAAGCCACAAUCGCCAGUUGUGGACAAUAGCAUCAUGUCCCAAGUGGAGGCCUUAACAGCUCAGCUGAAGCCACCAAGUACACAGCCUCCAGAACAAAAGGCUGCCUUUGACAAGAAAUUGCUUGACCGAUUUGAUUAUGAUGAUGAGCCAGAACAAGUCGAUGAAGUGAAGAAGGAAGAGUCUAGUCCACCUCCUGCUCAGACUUCGUUUGGCUACUCUGGGGAAGCUAUACAGCCACCUAUGUAUCAGCAGCUUGGGAUUCGACUGCCAAAUAUGGAACAAUUUCAGCAGACUUUGAUGGGACUCCAGCAGGAGACAUUGCAACAGCAGAUGCCCCCACCUCCCAAUGGACAGUUACCAACGUUUGGGAUGGUUCCUGUUCAUCCAUAUGCAGCUAUGCCUCAGCCUGCUAUGCCACCAGCGCCACCUAUACAGCCUGUUUUUCAGCAAGACUACCAUACUCCAAGUGAACCACCACCACCACAGCAACAACAACAGCAACAACAACAGGAAGUAGAUAUGGAGAUUGAAAAGCCUGACACACGAGAAACAAAACGUCGUAGUGUUGAAAAUAGAAGAUCACGUACUCGGUCUGGAUCCAGAUCACCAAAGAGGAGACGUUCUCGGUCUGGGUCUAGGUCACGAAGGUCAAGACAUAAGCGUUCUCGAUCACGAUCCAGAGAAAGACGGAGGCACUCUCCUCGAUCGCGAUCUCAAGAACGACGUGAAAGAGAGAAGGAGAGAGAACGGCGUCAAAAAGGACUUCCACCAAUUAAGUCUAAAAUUGUUAGCGUUUGCAGCACAACACUCUGGAUAGGACAGCUGGACAAGAGAGCAACUCAACAGGAUGUUGCAAAUCUUCUGGAAGAAUUUGGCCAGAUAGAAUCUUUGAAUAUGAUUCCUCCAAGAGGUUGUGCUUACAUUGUGAUGGUUCAUAGACAAGAUGCAUACCGAGCCUUACAGAAGCUGAGCAGAGGGACGUUCAAAGUCAAUCAAAAGCCUAUAAAGAUUGCUUGGGCCUUAAACAAGGGAAUGAAAACAGAAUACAAACAGUUUUGGGAUGUAGAGCUUGGGGUAUCUUAUAUUCCAUGGGAUAAAGUUAAACCUGAAGAACUGGAGCGUUUGUGUGAAGGAGGAAUGCUGGACAAUGAAACUCUUUGUCCAGAAUGGAAGACUAUUGCAAAGGCCCCAGCAACUGUUGUUGAUGCAGCUGAAAAUGGUAAUACUGCAGUGACACAACCAGAAGAAAUGCCUCAAACUUCUUUGCCAAUACCUACACAGAUUCCUGGAGUUCAGCCAAUUCCAGCUGUUAGUAGACUCCAUCCACCAAACUUUUCAACAAUUCCACCACCUACUUUCAAUCCUGGAGUGCCACCUCCACCACCACCACCACCACCUCCUCCAUUUAUGCGUCCUGGUUUCAAUCCAGUUCAGCCACCACCUGGCUAUCUUCCUCCAGGAGCUAUUCCUCCUCUGAAUGCUGCAAUGCCCAUUGGAAAUACAGGAACUAACAUUCCAACAUGCGAGUCUUCCCAUCUUCCUGGGAAUCAAAGUGGAACUGCUGCUCAUACUCCCUUAAUGAGUGUACAACCACCAAGUCCUGGUCUGUUGGGUGCGCGACCUGGCUUAAUACCGCUACAGCGACCCCCUGGAGUUCCUCCACCUCAUCUGCAAAGGUUUCCUGUUGCUCCACCACGCCCCCUGCUACCACAUUUAUUACAUAGAGGUCCACCACCUCCAGGGCCAGGAGGGUUUGGAGUACCUCCACCUCAUGCCAUGCGAGGUCCCUUUCCACCCCAGAAUGUUUUUGGUCGCCCUGGAGUGGCUGACGAUAGAGAUGGAAGACAAUUUCGGAAUGACAGACAUGGAUUUCCUCCAGGAAGGGAUCGAGACCAAGAGCAACGCUUUGGCAGAUCUGAUUUCAGAAAUCGUCCUUUUGGUGGAAACCGAAAUGAAAAUGAUAACCGUGAUCGUUAUGGAAAUCGUCAUGAAGAGAGAGAUCAUGAUCGUCAUAGUGGUGGACGUGAAAGAAGGGAGUGGGGGAGAAGAAGCUCUGAGCGGGACAGGCACAGAGACUCGGAAGAAAGAAAUAGGCGAUCAAGUGGACAUAGGGAUCGUGAUUCACGAGACAGGGAAUCUCGCAGGGAUAGAGAUAUGGAUCAGCGUGGAAAAGAAAAACCUGAAGACACUGAUGAGGGCAAUGAAAAGCACCACAAAUCUAAUGGCAGCACACAGGAAGAAAUAAUGAAACAAUCGGACGCAAUCCCAGUGCCCGAAUCUGCUAAAGGAGAAUCUGAUUCACCGAACAUGAAUUUGAAAGCCACAGGGAUGCUGGAAUUGGAGCCUACCUCAUCUAAUCAACCUGAUACAAAAGAUUCAGGUGCAGCUGAUGAGGCUCAGUGAUAGAAACUAAUUGUAAUAAAACACAUGAUGUGGUGGUAAUUGAUAUAUGCACCACAUUAUUGUGCUAUGAAGCUUUAGAGUUGUAUAAAAAAUGAUGUAUAAAGUAUUUGCUUCUGCUAUCCCACAGUCCUGUCUAGUUUUAAAAGUUUUAAGCAAAUUGUUUGCUUUCCCCAGUAUUCAAAAUGACCACUCAAUUUACUCCGAAGUCUGAACACCCAAUGACCAGAAAAAAAUCAAAUUUUUGCUGUACGUUUUUAAAACUUUGACAUAAGGUAGAAGUGCUUUCUAUUCUUUUUUAAUUUAAAAAGAUAACAAACGGUGAAAGCUCCUCCAAAAGUUGAGCUUAGGGAUUUGUUUUUAAUAAACUCUAUUUUCUUAACAAACUUUAGAGCGUGUGAUAUUCUUCCUCGGACUUGUGGAGAAAAGAAUGUCAUGGGAUGGAAGAAUAAAGUUGUGAAACACCCUAAAGUUUGAUAUUUUCUAUAUGGGAAGCAAGUCUAAAUUAGACUCUCAUUAGUAUGCGUUCUUUUAAAAAAAAAUGGAAAUUGUUUUUGAACAACCAACCAGAGCCCAAAACAGAUUGCUUUGCAAAGUGUAUUAUAAAAAUAUUAGUGUAUUUCACUGGUGAUGUAUAGAAAACUUAUAAAGUUGCCCACUCAAGAUCAGGAAACAAAUGGUCUGAACAAUACUUUGUUUUAGAACGUUUCUUGAAAGUUUAUUUGUUCUUUUCCCUUAAAUACAGACUGUUUCUUAAAAGUAACAGUUUUCCUGUUUUCUUCUGUUUUGGAUGCUAAUGUAGUUGUAAAAAGAGUAUCACAUGUUUACUGUUCUAAAAAUAGACAACAAUAUUACAGCUGGGUUAAUGAAUGUUGUUUAGAUUUAAUAUAUGGCUGUGUAACUGUUUUAACCAUAAAAAAAUUAUCAUGGAAAA